UUGAAAGUGCAAGAUUUUGCGCAGGCACAGCACAUGGAGUUCGACUACCGACGCAAAUAUGCUGACGCGUGUGAUGAGUUUUCCUCUUUUCCUACUUUUUGGAUAUAUGUGUUUGCGAAUUUCGAAUGGUGUCUCUGCUGCGAGUCUUGUAAAAAUUGACACGAAGAUACCAAAGCCCAUAGACAUUUUGAAUGAUAUUCCUUCAAGUACCACGACAAACAAUGUUCCAGCUCUUCAAAAAAGGAAUGUUGAAAUAACCCCGAGCGGUGUUAAAUUUUCCGGUCCCGGCAAACACUCGAUGAGUGGUUUUGGAUCGUCUUACGGACUCAAUUUCAUUACGACCGGAUACGUUGACAUAAAACUGGAAAAGCUCAUCGUUCAAGGAAAAAGUCCGGAUCCAAAUCAGACUAUCCAGUUCAGAGACAAUAAGAUAUUCGAGGGAGGAAAGCUGAUUUGCUCGAAUCUCAGAGAAAUACAGGACGAACCGACGUACCAGAAAUCCCACGACGGCGCACUAUGGUUCACAAAUGUCCAAGUGGGAGAGCCAAUGUCUCACGACGAGAUCGAGGCGUAUGAAGACGAUUGGGCCGAGUAUGAAGAUAAAAAAAAGGUGAGAGGCGCCAAGAGAGAACCUCGCGUAGAGAACGAAAAAGGUAGCUUGGAAAUUUUAGACGAGAGUAGAAGACUCCAGGAAGUAGAGUUGAACACAGGAGGGGAACCAACUGGUUUAAUAGAACUUGAAGCUCAGGAUGUUGGCAGUUAUGAAGAGAGUGUACCGAGGUACCAGAAAUCGCACGAUGGCGCACUAUGGUUCACGAAUGUCCAAGUGGAAGAGCCAAUGUCUCACGACGAGAUCCAGGCGUAUGAAGACGAUUGGGCCGAGUAUGAAGAUAAAAAGAGGGCGAAAGACGCCAAGAAAGAACCUUGGGUAGAGGACGAAAAAACUAGCUUGGAAAUUUUGGACGAGAGCAGAAGACUCCAGGAAGUAGAGUUGAACACAGAAAGCGGAAAAACUAGUUUAGUAGAACUUGAAGCUCAGGAUGAUGGCAGUUAUGGAGAGAGUGAUGAAGGAAAAGAACCUCGGAUAGAAGACGAAAAAACUAGCUUGGAAAAUUUGGACGAGAGCAGAAGACUCCAGGAAGUAGAGUUGAACAUAGAAAGCGGGCAAAAUGUUUUAGUAGAGCUUGAAGCUCAGGAUGGUGGCAGUUAUGAAGAGCGUGAUGAAGGAAAUAUAGUGAUCGUGAUGGUAAUCAUGACAAUCGUGGUAGUAUCGGCGAUAUUGUGGAUGAAGAAAAAACUAGAUCCGAAGAUACAAACGCUCAUCACGAAAUCCAAGAAAACGGUAACCAACAGUAAAACAAAAAGUGGAUUCAUUAAAAAUUCGACGGUAUUUUUAACAAUUUUGUUUUAAUUGGUGACAAAUUGUUUUAAGUAUUAGUAGCAAUGGUUCAAUAAAUUUUUUUAGGGUUGGAAGUAA